AAGAAACGCACAUUGCGAGCCUCUGUGUUCCGGAACCUCGGUUUGGGUGGGGUGGAGUGUGUGCGUGGGGGAGUUUGGUGCUGUUCCUAGGUGUGGUGCCCGUGUGUGAGCCAGCGUCGUGCGUGUUUCUGAUUGUUCCUCCGUGCCUCCAACCAUCGGUGCCAUUAGAUGCUGCCGUCGCUCGGAACCAACACCCCAACGACAGUGUACGGUGCACGGUGACGAUGACACGAUAUUGGUGCGGACGCGCACAUUACUGCAGUGGGAAUCACAAUCGGAAGCGAACGGUGUUGCUCUGUGUGUGGCUAGGUGACGACGAAGAGUAGGCGCUGUCCUCUGUGCUUUCGCGGUCCGCGGUGCAUCGGGCUACAUCAGCAGCGUUAGUUUGCUGUGGGUUGUGUGUUUUCGAUCACACUCAACAUAAUACAUUCGGGAUAGAGCUUUGCGUGCGUGACUCAUGCGGUUUUCGCCCGUGUCACGGACGGUUGCAGUAAGCCCGAGGAACAAUGGUGUUGCGACGCGAGCCGACCCAGGAGCGCAGGCGGUCAACAAUUUGUGGUUAGGUAUGUGAGGUACAAUAUUUUGUCACACCGUCAGCACCGUUGCUUGCGCAGCCAAACAGAGACUGGGGAGAAACAAUGCUAUCGUUGUAAUAAGCCGCGGGACAAUUUGUCUCCUCGGCCCUUGGAGUGGGUCACACGUUCGCGCACCGAUAUGCAUCGACCGUUAAACAGCGUAUGUGUGUCGGUCUGUUCUAUUGUCACGCUAAUUGCCAGGUGUGAUACGAAGACAAUGGAGAAGGUUUUUUUUUUUUUUUUUUUUUUUUUUUUUUGGGUUUUGCCAUCAGUUCGUGAUUACAAGUCAAAGUGAUAGCACGUUAAACACAAACAAACCAGUGAAUAGCUCCAAGAAGAAGGCGAAACAGAAUGGCCGCGAAACAAAACGCUACUUUUCGGGUAGAUUUUUCACAGAUACCGAAAAAGCCAUCCAGGGCUGAAGCGAUUAAAUUUCUAAUAAAUGUAUUAAAGUUGGAAACAGAUAAACUAGAGAAGGUGCAGGUCUUAAAUAUGGCACCCAUUAUUAGCGUGGAAAUGAAAGAUCCAAUCCAUGCUAGGCAAUUUGUGGAAGCCCAUGAUGGGAAACAUGGCAUUUUGUGCGAUGGUACCGAGUUCAACGUCCCCAUCAAAAUGGAGGACAAUACGCAAGUGGUGAAAAUCCUUGAUGUGUCGGCUAACAUUUCUAACGCAGAAAUAAAAGAAAUCCUCGCGGCUUAUGGAAAACCCGAGGAAGUACUUAAUACAUAUUGGGAAGCCCCGUCCCCAUUCGCCGGAAUAAAAGACGGCAACCGUUCAACAAAUAUGAAAAUCGAAAAACCAAUCCCGUCAUUCCUGACAAUAAAGGGGGAAAUAAUUAAAAUCCUCUAUAGAGGACAGAAAGCGACAUGUCAAUACUGUGACCAACCAGUGCACUACGGUGUCACAUGCACCCAAAACAGAAAAAACACCUACAACACAUAUAACAAAACAAGUGUCAACAACCGACUUUUCGCAGAGGUCGCACAACAAGGGACAAAAAACCAAAACACAAAAAUAGGACCGACCACAUACAAGCCUCAUACUAGUGAAGCACCAGAAAAGAGUAGCGUCUACAAUAACAACCAAAAUCCAUCAACCAGCAGAAACAAUAGUACAGAAACCUUAUCCAUGACAAGAGUGGACUAUAACAAAAUUGAUGAUUUAGACAAAACCGUUACCGGAAAACGACUGGUUAUGGAUGAUAUAAUUUCCUCCGACACCGACACAACUGAUCACGAAAGACAAAUUAACCGAACAAGGAAAGCCCGUAAAUCGUCAAACUAAAUAAAUACAAAUAUAUAUAUACAUAAAAACAAAUACAAAUUGAAAUAAAAUGGCCAGAAAUAUUUCCAUACUUCAAACAAACAUAAAUAGCUUACCCAAAAACAAAGAAGAACUUGAAAGAAUAAUGAACGCUCAAAACAUCACGGCAGCAUGCAUAAUGGAAACAUGGUUGAACAAAGAUACAGAAAAAAAGGCACAAAUUUCAAAUUACAAUCUUAUUACAAACCAUAGAGAAGAUGGAUACGGUGGAACUGCGAUCUAUCUUAGAAAUGACAUCAAAUACAAAACUAAACAAAGACAAUACGACAAUGAAAUACAAAUCACAGAACUGACAAUAAGCCAAAACGAAAUAAACAUAAUAUCAAUUUACGCAUCCCCUACCACAAACUGCAACAAACUGAAAUCAAUUAUUGAAAACAUACUAAAUGAUCCACAUACAACAACAAAAACAGUGAUAGCAGCUGACCUUAAUGCCCACCAUUCGGUAUGGGGAAACCCAUACAACGACCGAAAAGGUAAAAUGUUGAUCGAUGAAAUCGAAGAAUCUAAAUUCGUUCUACUACACGAAAACGAAAUAACUUUCGUACCAACAGACCCCAAUAAAAGAGCCACAGCAAUAGACCUUACCAUAAUAACAGAAAACUUAAUAGACAAAUGCAAAAGGGAAGUACUAGAACACCACAUGGGGGCAACUCACCACAAAACAAUCAUCACGACAAUACAAGAAAAUAUAACCCCCAUAAAAAUAAAACGAAUCAAUAAAAAUAA